AGCCGACCAGCACGAGACAUUUCGGCAGCUGUCACACAGCUAACAUCGCGCGUAAAGUCGUUCAGAAGCUGCGUACUGACUGAUGAGGUUAUUCUGGGCGCAACAAGCUCUGCAUUCUUUUGUGUGGCUUUCCUGGGCGGCAAUUGGCGGCUGCGUGAAACUCGCCGUUCUUCUUACUUUUGCGCCCAAAGUUUGUUCGCAGCCACAAUAUUCCGCGCCCUACCGGUGCCCUUGCAUCUAGGUCCGUCUCGCCAACAUGUGCGAUUAGCCGUGCCGGCCAUGCGAGGGGCCAGUAGCGCACAACGAC